UUUUAGUGGUACAAAGACAGUGUUGCUGUCUCACACGGUUAAACUGAGAGGACUCAGUAAAUAAUGUCACAGGAAGGAAAUGCUGCUCCGUGAAAACCACAUUCACCUCAGACCAAAAGAAGAACACGGAGGAGCUGUGACCUGGGUGUUUACUGCUGAUAUCAAAGUCGAUAAUCUGUCACUUCUGCACUGAUCUGUGGACAUGGAGAAACAGGUGUGUUUUCUGCUCUUCACGAUGCUGAUCUCUGCUGAAGCCCAAAAUAUACCGUCAUACUCGGAGGUCGGUGGUACCCUGAGCCUGAUCCCGCCGUUCUCUGGAGCUAUAACCGGCAUCCUGUGGAAACAUGACGGUAACCUGGUGGUUGAGUGGGUGAAUGAUACGUUGGAUUAUCACUGCAUGUUUCAAGGUCACACAACCCUGAACACAACCACUGGACGUUUGGAAAUUAAAAACAUGAAUAAAACUUACGCGGGGUUGUACACGGUGGAGAUCAACAACCAGGUCCAGAGUCAGAGUUACAGUGUUGAACUAAUCAAGAAAGUGCCAAAGCCUGAGGUGGCGCUCAAACCACCGACAUGUUCCCCUGCCUUGGACAACUGCACCCUGACCUGUGAUGGAGACACCUCAGGGGCUGAACCUGUCACCUACAGCUGGAGGGAGGGAGAAGGAGAGUGGAUACCGGGGGGAAAGAACAAGAACAUCAAGAAUGACGAGACUAAAAAGGUUAAAACCUUCUCCUGCCAGAUGAAGAACCCAGUCCGUGUGGAAGAAAGUAAACCCCACCUGAAUCCAUUCUUCCAGAGAAAACUUCAAACCUGGGAGGUCAUCAUAUUAAUAGCGUUCCUUGGGAUUUGUGGAUACUUAGUGUGGCGUAAACGAGGGACCAACAGGUAACUGAUCCGUCCACGUCAGACGGAAACGGUGCUGAAUCUGUUGAAGAGACACCGCAGUCAAAAAAAAGGGUAAAAUAUGAAAGAACAGAUAUCUACACAAGUACUUUUAUAAGCAGCAAGCUUCUUCCAUUAUUGUUAUUUACUGUCAAGUUGAUGUCUGACAAACCGAUCUGUAAACUGCGUAGCUGUAUUUACAGGUUACACACCCUUUAUAAAUAAAUGGUACCUUGUCAGAAAGUGGCACCAUAUGCAUUUUUACAUCAUCAGGGUUUUUGCUCUGCAUCAGGCAGCAGCUCGUUCUUUGUGAAUCGUAUGAAAACAUCACAUCUCACACGUCUUUGUGGUUGUUUUUGCAUCUGUUUUUACUGCUGCCACACAAACCCAAAGCAGAGUAUUUGCACACACCCCCCCCCCCCCCCCAUGCUUAACAGUUGGCAAAAUGUAGGUUAAUAAGUAGGUUACUGACGAAGUAGGGUGCUCUUUUGCACAUGCAACAAUUAUUACUGUUACUACUUAAUUCUUUUUUUAAGUUUAUGAAAUAAAAA